AUGGAGGAAAUCAAUAAUAAAACAGUAAGAACAUUUUGGAAGUCGGAAGAUAUCGAUGUGGUUUUCAGCCCAUCCAGAGGCAACUCAGGGGGUAUCCUCGCCAUAUGGAACACAAUGGAAUUCAAACUGAAAUCUCACCUUGUGAUGCAGCACUGGAUUGCAGAGCUUCAACUAUUAGAAAUCACAGCAACAAACAAAAGCUUCACCUGGUUCAGAUCACAGUCAAAAAGUGUUCUUGAUAGACUCAUAGUAUCAUCAGAGUGGAUCACUCAAUUUCCAUCUAUGAAAGUCGCAAUCUUAAAGAGAGGACUAUCGGAUCAUUGCCCUCUUCAUGUUCAUACGCACACGAUGGAUUGGGGUCCGAAGCCUUUCAAAUUUCACAAUUGUUGGCUGGCGGAUCCAAACUGUCUGAAAUUAAUAAGGGAAUCGUGGACGAAGCAAGCAAAAGGAACCAUGCCUGAAAAGCUCAAAGCAAUAAAACAGAACCUCAAGGAAUGGAAUUGUUCCAAUUUUGGCAACAUUGAUGCAAACAUAAGGCGCCUGGAAGAUGUUAUUUCAGAAAUUGAUAAUCUGGGUAGACAAAAAGCUCAAUCAGACUUAUGGGAGUGGAUGAAGCGAAAGGAAGUAUACUGGGACAGCAACCAGGAUUACGUGGCUUAA